UCGCUGUUUUGGUGAGAGUGAAAGGUUUGAGCCCUGCAGUAGCGACGUACGAGGAGUGCGUUUGAUUGUUGCAGAGCUAAAUGGCGGACAGAGCGGGACAGUUGCCAUCAGAACAAUAACAUCACAGUUGCUCUGCUUCUUGACGUGACUCGGCACUAGAUCCGCACCGAAGUCCCUCGCGCAGAGGGGAUUCUGGUGCAUGAUCGAGUGGGACAUAUUUUUACGUACUUUUUGUGUGAGCAAGCGUACACUUGGUUAGCUUGCUAAGUGGUUUAGAGUUCACUGUAAGGAAGUUGUCUCUUCAUGGUGGUAAACUAGCCAGCUAACUAGCUAAGUAUGGGGGACUCUUUAGGUCUCAUCGGGAAGCGACUGCUGCUGCUUCUCAAUGAUAGGGGAUCCACGGGCGGAACCGAAAUGGAUCAAGCUUCCUGGCUGCGAGGAACAGUCCGGGCUGUCAGCGUUAUUGGCUUGGCCAGCCCUGGGGUAGAGGUGAGCCCCGGAGAGGGAACAACAACAGCAGCAUCGGGGCUGACGGUGUUUGUUGAAUUUGAGGACUGCACCUGGAGACAGAGGUCAUGGGUGAGGGUGUAUGGGGAUGAGGUCCGUGCUGUGUUGAUGGAGAGCACCAUUGUGUGGGCGGCACGUACUGAUCCUGCUUCUGGAAGUGGUGCCACAUCUGCCUGGCCUGCAUUAGCAUUCCAACCACUCGUAGAUCGCGUCGGUUUGGGGUCUCUGGUUCCAGUGGAAUUCUUUGGGAAUACCAAGACCUUGGAGUUUCUCCCUGAUGGAAAUUCACUUCAAAUCUUUGAGAUUGAGAAAGAUAUCAGGAACACUCUUCUACAAGACAAGCCUUCUGUACAGGCAGCCAUAUCUAGCUGGCACAGCGACUGUGAACUUCAGGAUAUACUGAGGAAAGGGUCCUACACCAUACAAGGACGCAGAGUUCAGGUAUAUCAGCCUGAGUUCAACACAGCCUGGGCCGUGGGGCUGGUCUCUCAGCAUGAUCCUCUCUCACACAUCAUGGAAAUCACCAUGGACCAGGGUGGAGAAACGCAGGUGGUUGAUCCCAGGGUGAUGCAUGUGAUGCUUGCUGAGGAGUAUGAGAAACAGAGCGGUCUACAGGACAGGUCCGGGAAGGAAAGUGAUGGCGGAAAGGGUGAACGUCGUCGGAGAACAGCCUCCGAGGAUGAAGAUGAUGUAACCCUGAAAAGAUUCAAAAGUGCCCCGGAAGGAAGCACUGAUGGACAGAUUCAGGACCAUUCAGCCAUUCGCCUUCCUGUGAAGGAGAACGGCCGGGUGCCAGUGGUUCCAGAUCGCGGGACCACGUCUGGAAGCUCGACGCCUGCAGCCAGCUCAACUCCUACCCCUCCCCCUCUUAAGCCAGCACCAUCUCCCUUCUCCAAUACCUUCCCUGCCCUGGGACAGAUGCCCAAUUUGGUGCCCGGAGCCCCUGCCCCUAAGGCAUCCGCCCCUAAGGCAUCCGCCCCUGCUCCAGUAACAGACAGAGAGGAGACCUACCCUAAAAGUGCUGCUCUGGUCUCUCCUGGCCCAGUCACCAUCAAUUCUCCAUCGCAAACCAACGCCCCCAGUGUGGCUCUCUCACAGCCUUUCAGUCAGAAGCCCUCCAGCUGGGCAGCUCCUGCCCCAGGGGCAGCUCCUGCAACCGAGAAUUCCAAGUCGCCUGCCCAUGCUCCUACUGGAUUCCGCCCCACUCAGUCCAAACAGCAGCCUAGAUCUGUGUUUGGAGAGCUGGGUGCCCAGACCAAUGGAUCUACCCAGGAGAACCGGCCCUUUGGAUUCUCCUUUGCUGGCCAGAAAGAGCAAAAGCAACCAGACUCGGACCCAUCACAGAACUUGUUCUUUCAGUGCAUGGCUCAGACACAGACUCCAAGCCCCGCUCCGGUCCAGGGCCAGAACCAGAACCAGUCAAAGGACACCAACUACUUUACUGCCAUCUCUGAGAGUUUGACCAAGGAGCCCCCUAGCCUGUUCAAACCCUCUGCUUCCUCAGAUGUCUCCAAAAAGAGUUCUCAAGUCCAGGGAUUGUUUGGGUCAACCCAGCUCAAAGAGCAGCUCAAAGCCCCUGAGGCCCAACCAGCUGGAAAUGGGGUGGUACUGAACAAGACUUUUGGCACCGGAGCAGACGGCAUGCCUAAACUCACACCUGCCUUCAUUGGGAGCACCACCCCCUUUGGCACUGGGAGUCUUCAGAACCCAACGUUAGGUAUGGGAGGACUAAGUAAUCCGUUAGCUCCGGGGUCCAGUGGACUUGCAAGCAGCAGCAGCAGCAGCAGCAGCAGCAGCGGGAUCAGGAGCGGUAAUGGUAAUAACGUAGGCUUGGGGUUGCUUGCCACCAGCAAGUCCUCAGACACCAGCCAUCAGAACCUGUUCCUGCAAGCAUCCAGCAAGUCCACAAACCCGUUCCUUGCGCGCGGUGGCUUCCCUCAUACCCCCUUCAGUGGGCUGACACCCCCUCAGCCCCCGUCAGUUUCCGCAUCUACCCCCUCGUCUACCCUCACGACCCUCCCCUCAAGCACUUCGGGGAUGGUGCCAGCAGGAGAAGAGGGCAAAUCCAACCUGUUCACCAUGGCUGAGCCUCCCAAGGGCAUCCUGCCCUCCCCGUUUGCCACUGCAAAUUCGUCCACCAUUUCAGCCCCCACCAACACCUUCACCCAAAUGCCUAAAUGCACAACAAACGCACAACCGGUUGCCAAACCUGCCAGUGAAGGCUCCGAAGCGGGUUCUGCGGCACAUGGUCCGAGCGAAGGGGUGUUUCGUGACGACAAAACAAAGACCGCGUCUAGCUUCCCUCCGUUUGGGGGUGCAAGAUCCAACGAUUCAGCUGCAUUGCCUUUCGAGCAGUCGGCACAACAGAAGUUCGCUAUGGAAGAACGGGGGCAGUCUUCCAAGCGCGACUCGGACUCUAGCACCAACAGUGACCUCUCUGACCUUAGCGAGACGGAAGAGGCUCCUGACCAGGUGCCAAAGCAAGGCUCACAGGGACCCACGGAGGAGGGCGCUUUGCUGAUGCAGAAGAACAAAAUCCAAGCAGUGGCUAAGGGCAGACCUCGCAACAAGCCUUUCAAAGCAGUGGGCCAGUCUGUGCUGAAGGACAUGACCAAGCUGAGGCGCCUGAAGCAGUCGGGGGAGGCCUUCCUGCAGGACGGCUCCUGCAUUAACGUUGCACCCCACCUGCACAAGUGCCGGGAGUGCCGUCUGGAGCGAUACAGGAAGUCCCGGGAGCAGGAGUCGGACGACGAUGACCCAAACGUGGCCUGCCGGUUUUUUCACUUCCGCAGGCUAGCCUUCACAAAAAAGGGGGUCUUGCGAGUAGAAGGCUUCCUUAGCCCUCAGCACAGCGACAACAUGGCUAUGGGACUGUGGCUGCCUUCGCCAACGGUCAAGGAGGGUCUGGACCUGGACACCUCGAAGUACAUCCUGGCCAACGUGGGAGACCAGUUCUGCCAGCUGGUCAUGUCUGAGAAGGAGGCAAUGAUGAUGGUGGAGCCUCAUCAAAAAGUGGCGUGGAAGAGAGCCGUGCGAGGAGUCAGAGAGAUGUGUGACGUGUGCGAGACCACGCUCUUCAACAUCCACUGGGUGUGUCGCAAGUGUGGCUUCGGUGUGUGCCUCGACUGUUACCGAAUGCGGAAGAAUCGCCCACCUGAAGAAGACGAUGACGGUCCUGAAGAUGAGGUAUUCGCGUGGUUAAAGUGUGCUAAGGGGCAGUCCCACGAACCUCAGAACCUCAUGCCCACGCAGAUUAUCCCCGGCACAGCUCUGUACAAUAUUGGGGAUAUGGUCCACGCAGCACGCGGAAAGUGGGGAAUUAAAGCAAACUGCCCCUGCACCAACCGACACAUUAAACCUUUAGUACGCCCCAGUGCCCCGAAUGGUCUUUCACAGUCGGGUUCGACCAACACUACAGGUAACGGGACUGCCACUACAUCCCGACCAGAGGGCGGGGAAGCGACGACCACAUCCAUCAAAAUAGAGCCUGGCACAGAGGAUGGGGGCACAGAGGGGCCAGGGGAUGCCAGCGGUAGCAACAUCAGCGCCCAAAUGAUGGGCACCAAGGAGUCCACUCCAGGCAACCCCUCGUCAGCACUCCACUGGUUGGCCGACCUCGCCACGCAGAAGGCAAAAGAAGAGACGAAAGACUCCAGCUCCCUGCGCUCGAUGAUGGGACGCGACUCGCGGCCUCCCUUCGGCCUGGACUGUUUCAACACCCUGUCCAAGCCCUCGGGCUCCAGCCCCAGACUCUUCAACAGCCUGCUGCUGGGCUCCAGCCCCACCCAGCCCAAGGCCGAGGGCUCCAGCCUCCGAGACCUGCUCAACUCCGGCCCCGGGAAGCUCUCCCAGGGCACCGCGGACGGUGGCGUGCCCUUCCCGUCCGUCUUCUCCACCUCCUCCACGAAUGAUAAGAAUAAGGGUGGCCUGCCCAACAUCCUGGACCACAUCAUCGCCUCGGUGGUGGAGACGAAGAAGACGGAGGGCAGGCGGGCGGCCGGAGGGGUGUCCGAGGGCGGGGAGACGGCCACGGUGCCGCGGAGGGAGGGGAUGAUGGGCCUGAGCGUUCUGGAUCCCCACACCUCCCACACGUGGCUGUGCGACGGCCGCCUGCUCUGCCUGCAGGACCCCAGCAAUGGCAACAACUGGAAGAUCUUCCGCGAGUGCUGGAAGCAGGGCCAGCCGGUGCUGGUGUCCGGUAUCCACAAGAAGCUGAAAGGUGGUCUGUGGCGACCCGAUGCGUUCAGCGCGGAGUUUGGUGACCAGGAUGUCGACCUGGUCAACUGCCGGAACUGCGCCAUUAUCUCUGACGUCAAGGUCCGAGACUUCUGGGACGGCUUCCAGGUGAUAUCCAAGCGACUGCAAGGGGUAGAUGGCCAGCCUAUGGUGUUAAAAUUGAAAGAUUGGCCGCCGGGGGAAGACUUCAGGGACAUGAUGCCAACAAGGUUUGAUGACCUGAUGGACAACCUUCCCCUCCCCGAGUACACAAAGAGAGAUGGAAGGCUCAAUUUGGCUUCACGGCUUCCCAACUUCUUUGUGCGGCCUGAUUUGGGGCCCAAGAUGUACAAUGCUUACGGUCUGAUCUCGACCGAGGACAGAAAAGUGGGCACCACCAAUCUGCAUCUGGAUGUGUCUGAUGCUGUGAAUGUGAUGGUGUAUGUGGGCAUCCCUGAAGAGGAGGGCGAUCAUGAGAAAGACGCAGACCUGGCUGGACGCAAAGAGGUGAUGACCACCAUCGAGGAGGGUGACGUGGACGAGAUGACCAAGAGGCGGGUGUACGAGGCCAAAGAGAAGCCCGGCGCACUCUGGCACAUCUACGCCGCCAAGGAUGCGGAGAAGAUCCGAGAGCUCCUACGAAAGGUGGGAGAGGAACAAGGCCAGGAGAAUCCUCCCGACCACGACCCAAUCCACGACCAGAGCUGGUACCUGGACCAGAUUCUGCGCCGCAGGCUCUAUGAAGAGUAUGGAGUCCAAGGCUGGGCCAUAGUUCAGUUCUUAGGGGACGCCGUCUUCAUCCCAGCAGGGGCGCCUCAUCAGGUCCACAACCUGUAUAGUUGCAUAAAGGUGGCAGAGGACUUUGUGUCGCCUGAGCAUGUGAAACACUGCUUCAGGCUAACGCAGGAGUUCCGGCACUUGUCCACCACACACACCAAUCAUGAGGACAAGCUACAGGUGAAGAACAUCAUCUACCAUGCUGUGAAGGAUGCCGUGGGGACACUGAAAGCCCAUGAACCCAAGCUAGCUCGGUCAUAGUGGCCCAGUGUGACAUGACCGCUGCCACCUUUCUAAGCUCCACUUACACCACAGACGAGGCACAAGGAUUUUGGGGUGGGAGGGGGUGGAUCAGAUUGGG